AAGACCCCCUCAGGACCACAAAACAACUUCAAUACCAACCAAAGUUCCUAGUUACAGCACCAAAUUUGUUUACUUCUUCCAUUUCAGCAUAGGCAGACAUGGCAGCUAACACAUUCUCAUCAACAAGGAGUUUGAAGGUUCGAUCAUGGCAACGAUGCUCAAAGCAAGUUAGAGAGCGGCGGGCACGGCUCUAUCUCAUAUGGAGAUGUACAGUGAUUCUCCUAUGUUGGCAUGACUAAGCUCUUGGAGAGCAGUUAGAGCUCCAUUUGAAGCUUGGCCUUCAAUUAGUCUUUGCCUAACUGACUAGGUGGAAGCUCGUAUACCUGGGAGCUGUGGCCUUGUGGGAGUUUAAUUAGCAUUGAGUAAAGCAGGAUUUGAUGUAUUUUUGGUUAUAAGAGACAAAAAUCAGAUCAAACUGGGAAUGUCCAGUGGAUGUAUAAAAGACAAGUACCAUAGGAAGAAAGCUGAAUUAGCUACAUGUUUAAGUUAUGUUUUGCUAGUGUGUAUAUGUAUCUCUCAUAGCUACUGUUUUUCAA